AAACGCAUACUGAUAUAUCAUACGCAUUGCUUCAGUCAAUACGUAGAUCUCAUGAAAGCUGUCCCACGAGCAUUGAAAUCUACGACUCGAUAGUUCAACUACAUACAUAUGACAAAAUGGUGAAAGGCGACGUUAAAGACAAGCAUGGCGAUACUAUCCAUGAGGGUGACUAUGUCUUUACCCGAAUUCGUGGUGGUUCACACCAAGGGGAGGUCGAAAGAAUUGUCAUGGAUGAGCAGGAAGCUGAAGAAGAGGGUGUGAAGAACCCACCGAAGGUCGUAUUUCAUGAUCAGCGCGGCAAGAAAGUCGCUCACAACCCAGGAACCCUAGAGAAGAUGGAACAUGAAUAGGAAUAUUGUGGACAAGCAUGGCGUUUCCCCCAACUGGCAACGGGAGCUGUUUUCUAGCUUCUCAUUACCACUUUUCAAAGUCUUCUAAUAAUAUGAAUAUAUCGGAUUUGCAUGAUUGUCU